UCAGUUGCAGAUCGUCUUUCGUCAGGAUGAAGUUCGUUGCGUUUCUUUUGCUGAGCAGCCUCACUGUCGCCUUGGUCGUGGCCUUUCCUGAUAACCACAAUGCAGUUGCUGAUUUGCCAGAUGCUGACCUGCAUGCUGAUGCAGUUUCCACGACAGAAGAGGGAGGCGCCGCCACGCCAUCAGAGACUAAUCAGCUACGUCGGCCACGUCAUCUUCUGAAGAAGCUGUUCUAUCCAGAGCCACAGGUGAUAGUACAACCAAUUCUGGUACAACCGCGGCCCUACUAUACCAAUCCCUACAUUGGUGCUGGUCGAGGUUAUAAUAUUGGCUAUGGCAUAGGAAAAAGUUAUAAGAAAUGGUAGAACAUUUUAUCGAAAAUUUAAUAAAUGAAAAUUUUGUCUUAAGGCAAUGCGCUUUUUUUUGUUCCUC